UCUUCCCGUUAAAGUGUCUAUCGGCUGGGCAGCUGGUCUUCCACUGUCCCUCUGGAGGAUGAUCCUGUGGAUGAACACGGAGGAGAUGGCCCUGGGGGAGCUGCUGGAGAGACUGAGGACCGUCACUCAAAGCAUAGAUGAAAUCAUGGAGCUGGACAGCAGCCCUCUCCACGCUGUCGACAUCACCCCUGACCUCAAGAAGCAGUUUGCCUUCCUCUCAGGGGGUAGAGGAGAUAAUGGCAGCCCAAUCAUUGUGUUCCCAGAAUUCCCGACAUUUGGAGAGAUCACGGAUAGAGUGUUUCACAACGUGCUGACCUACCUGACAAGUGUGCCCAGUUUGUCAUCGACAGGCGUGGGUUUCAUCCUGGUCAUUGAUCGACGGCAAGACAGAUGGGCGGCUGUUAAGGGGACCCUGCUUCGUAUUGCAGGCUCCUUCCCAGGGAACCUCCAGCUGGUUCUGGUUCUGAGGCCCACCGCACUCCUGCAGCGCACGCUGUCCGACAUCCUCUUCAAGUUCAACAAGGACGAGUUCAAGAUGAAGGUUCCGGUGAUCAUGCUGAGCUCAGUGACUGAGCUGCACUCCUACAUCGAACGCUCCCAGCUGACCAAUGAACUCGGGGGAACGCAGGAGUACUGCCAUGAGAAGUGGAUCUCUCACCGCACUGCUAUUGAAGGCUUUGCGCUCACGGUAAAGAAAACGGCACAGACCCUCCAGUCAUUUGGGACGGAGCUGGCAGAAACUGAACUCCCCAACGAGAUCCAGGCCACAAUCGUCCUGCUCAGCACUCACACCAACAAGAAAGACAAAAUGAAGGAGGAUCUGCUGGUGGCUCUGGGUCAGGGCAGAAGGCUGUUGGAGAGCAUCAAUGAGCCUGUAGCACGAGACCCCGACCACAACAUGAACCAGGAUGAGCUGGAGAAUUUAGCCACUGUACAAAGACUGCUGUCUCAGCUGGACGAGACAGAAAGGGCUUUCGAUGAGUUCUGGGUGCGACAUCAGACCAAGUUGGAGCAAUGUCUCAAACUGCGCCACUUUGAGCACAACUACAAAGAGUUGAGGGCUCUGCUGGAUCAGGUGUCUGAGAAGCUUGCAGCCUUCUCUGAGGUCGGAAUCAGCCAAGCUCACGAUGAGCACGUCGUCUGUGAACUCACAAGUUAUGAGGAGAAAGUCUGUGAGGUGCUGGACCGAGCCACAGCUUUGUCUCGUGAGGGCGACAAACUCAUCGAGAACUCCCACUAUGCUGAAGACUCCAUUCAGCCCAAAUGCAGCGAGCUCAGAGCAAUCAGUGAGAGCGUGAGCAGCAGCCUGAAGGCCAAGAAGGAUCAUCUCCUCAAAGCCAUGGAGCUGCAUCACUGUUUGCAGAGGGCCUGUAAAUGGGUUGAUGACGGUAUAUACCUGCUGGCGUCUCAGCCGGUCGACAAGUGUCAAUCACACGAGGGAGCUGAGUUAGCACUGCAAGAGCUGGAGCGGUAUCUGGAAAACGCAGGCCCGAACCAGCUGACAGACCUGGAAACCGUCUGGAAGGAAUAUGAUGCUGUGCUCAACCAGCAGUUCAAGGACCGAGUGGAGAGGAUUUCCCAGAAGCAGGCGUCCAUGCAGGAGAUGUUCGACAAGAGGAGGGUGAGCCUGAAGAAGCUGGCAGCCAAACAAACCAGGCCGGUGCAGCCGGUAGCUCCCAGACCGGAGGCCUUCAUCAAAUCCCCUCUCAGCUCACCUGCUCACAGAGCACAGCAGGAGAAAAAUUCCUCAGAGACAGACACUGGGAACAACUGUGAGAAAGGAAAUGGCCAACUGCAGAACGGAGACAGUAACAGCCGACAUGCCUCUCUGUCCGAGGAGGAGGAGAACCUGGCUGUUCUCAGGAAGCAUGUUAUGAACGAGCUGCUGGAAACUGAGAGAGCCUAUGUGGAGGAGCUGCUCUGUGUGUUGCAGGGAUAUGCCUCAGAGAUGGAUAAUCCCGCCAUGAUCAUCCUCAUGCCCGCUCCCCUGCAGAACAAAAAGGAGGUUCUGUUUGGCAACAUGCCUGAGAUUUACCACUUCCACAAGAGGACGUUUCUGCGCGAGCUGGAGCAGUACACCGACUGCCCUGAGCUGGUUGGAAGGUGUUUUAUAGAGAGGAUGACAGAUCUGCAGAUCUAUGAGAAGUACUGUCACAACAAGCCUCGCUCUGAAAGCCUCUGGAGGCAGUGCUCAGACUGUGCCUUCUUCCAGGAGUGUCAGAAAAAGCUGGAGCAUAAACUGGGUUUAGAUUCUUAUCUGCUGAAGCCGGUUCAGAGGAUUACCAAAUAUCAGCUACUACUGAAGGAAAUGCUGAAGUACAGUAAGGGCUGUGAGGGGACAGAUGACCUGCAGGAGGCGCUGACCUCCAUCCUGGGCAUCCUGAAGGCCGUCAAUGACUCCAUGCACCUCAUCGCCAUCACCGGAUAUGAGGGUAACCUGAGUGAGCUGGGGAAGCUGCUGAUGCAGGGGUCGUUCAGCGUGUGGACGGAGCACAAGAAAGGUCACGCCAAGGUCAAGGAUCUGGCCCGUUUCAAGCCCAUGCAGAGGCACCUGUUCCUCCACCAGAAAACCCUGCUCUUCUGCAAGAGGAGGGAGGAGAAUGGAGAGGGCUAUGAGAAAGCUCCGUCGUACAGCUUCAAGCAGUCUCUGAAUAUGAGCGCUGUGGGCAUCACUGAGAAUGCAAAGGGAGACAACAAGAAGUUUGAAAUCUGGUGCAACUCAAGAGAAGAGGUUUAUAUUGUUCAGGCACCAACAACUGAAGUAAAAACCACUUGGGUGAAUGAGAUCAGGAAGGUUCUGACAACACAGCUGGAGGCGUGCAGAGCCAGCCAACAGAAGGCACCAGAUCAGGUUGUCCAGACCCCUCCUGCAUCCAGUGGAACAAUAAGUCACAGUCCGUUCAAGACGGGUCAGAGGAGCUUUAAGAAGGGAGAGGAGAAGAAAGCUGAGCCCUGCAGCCCUGACGUCAACUCCUCCUCCUCCUCACCAAAGCCCACAGGAAAAGACGAGGCUGCCACAAGCCCGACCUCAGACAGAGCUGCUGCGGCUAAAAAGCGCUUUACUUUGCAAGGUUUCAGUAACCUCAAAGCUCAGAAAGGUAACGGCAGGCCACCGUCAACUUCAUAUCUGACAUGUCACAUCCCGAUCCUUGUUUCUCCUUUCCCCUGCUGCGCGUCAGGAUCUCCGACGAGCCUCGACCACAAGACAAAACGCCAGAGUGACCCGACGCCAUUCGGCUUCAAAGAUGCAGGUCCUCCCCCCCUCCACCUGAGCAGGGCCAGGUGGCGCAGCACUUCUUGUCUCUUACAGACAAAGUGGAGAGGCUGGAACAAAGCUUCCCUGUCGUUAGAUGCCUCCGAGGAGAAUGACGGAUAUUCCAGCACAGAGGAACCUCUUAACUCUGACCACGAGGACGACAGCAGCAAGAAGCUGAGUGCUGGGAAAUACACGGUGAUGGUCGACUACGAGAACGGCGGCGCUCAAGAGCUCCCAGUGAAGAGUGGAGACAUGGUGGAGCUGGUCAGAGAGGGAGAUGAUGGACAGUGGUUUGUUCGUAAUCUGAGCACCUCUAAGGAGGGCUGGAUCGCUUCUGCUAAUCUUAUCACCCUCAUCACAAAGUCCAAGUCUUGUCAGUCUCUCACCAGCUCGGAAGGCAGCGGCUCUGGAAACAUCAGCGCGUCGUCCAGCUGCAGCGAGACCUACGCCAGCCUCUCCGACAUCAAACCCUGAACUCCUCCGCACUUCCUCCGUCGCUGAACCGCUUCCCGUGUCCGUGCUGUAACGCCAACAUCAGUACUCAUAAGCGUUUACUAACGUUUCCACAGCAAGCUGUAUUUAUAUCACCACAGAUCUGACUGUGGUGUCAUUGUACAGUGAAGAUACGGAAAUAGGUCACAUCCGGUAAACUCUUAGUGUCGUAUUCUUCCUCUAUACACACACUUGUCUGUUCAUUUUAUUUUCCAUGCAGGGUCUGUGUGAGUGUAAUGUAAUAGAUGUAUGAAUGGGCCAGCAGGACUGAUCUCAGUUAAUGCAUCUAUCAGUGUCUCGUUCAAGAUGAGGGAUUUGACGUGGCUGACGUUGUUGUUUACAUUCCCACCUUUACUGUUACAGCUUGUUUAGUCUAAUCACCUCUAUGUCCUGCUUAUUUGUACUUUUAUUUAUUUGUAAGAGACGAAAAUGCCCAAAUAUAAUUAGUAAAUUUUUGAUUUACUCCAAUCUCUUUUCCUUUCUUACUCUUUUUCGUCUGUCCAUUUUCAUUGACAGCCACCAGCUGUCUGAACUUUUGUGUCCGAGCUCUUUUCUUAAUUUUCUCUGUGGGUUUUCAUGUUCGCUGCAGAUUAAAGAUGUUUCUCCAUGUGAAUAAUCAGAAUCAGAAAUCACUGUAUAGUGCUAACUUAUUCCCAGUGGAGGGAUUAUGUUCUGAAUGUAGAUAUUGUUUAUUAAUGUGCAUCUGUCAUGAAUUGUUUGUUACUGAUGAGAUGAUAUAUUGUACAUGAAGUUUGGUGAUGUCACUACUUUGUGACGUGUCCUGCAAAGGUUUUUAUAUAUAAACAACUUGUGAUAAUACAA